AUGACAGCUAUUGCAUUAUCAACAAAGUUCCACUCAAGCUCGAGUAGUCCUUUAUCUUCAAACUCAACAAUAAAUACACUAGAUGACGAUAGUUUACUUAAAGAAUUACCAUAUCAUCCAACUACAGCUGAUAAUGAUCCAUUAUUUUCAUUUGAUACAGACGAACUAUUAUCCAACAUUCAUCCAAGUACAAAUCUUCCACUAGAUGGAUUUUUGAACUUUCAUUCGUUAAAAAUAGCCACUUCAAAUGCUAAAACAUUAUCCAAAUUUUUUGUCUUAGGUUUUGGGUUUGAAGAAAUUGCUUAUAAGGGAUUAGAGACUGGUUCAAAAUUGCUUGCAUCUCAUGUACUAAGAAAUGGAUCCAUUAUUAUCGAAGUUACAAACUCGUUAGAAUCUAUAUUGAAUGAUUCUCAAUUAGAAAACUUUGACCAAGAAGAAAAUAAAAGCGAUAUAAUAGAUUUAAUUUCAAUGGAGAAUUAUUUGGAUAAACAUUGUGAUGGUGGUGUAAUGGACGUAAGUUUUUUGGUAGUCGACGUGCAUUCAAUUUUUACUAAUGCGGUUGAAAAUGGAGCUAUACCAGUAAAAUCACCAAGAUUAAUUCAUGAUUCAAAUGGUGCAAUAAAAAUUGCAACUAUUGGUGUUCCCAAUAUAGACAUUCAGCACACGUUAAUGGAAAAUAUAAAUUACAACGGUCCCUAUUUACCUAAUUACAGAUCAAUUGGCACUAUGCCUCAAAUUAAUCUUCCACCUACUUGUGUAACUGUUUUAGAUCAUUGUGUUGAAAAUUAUACAUUCAAUGAAAUGGAAGAACAGGCAAGACUUUAUGCUUCUAUUUUCAAAUUUCACAAAUUUUGGUCGAUCGAUGAAUCUGAUAUUAAUACAGGUCACACAAGUUUGAACUCAGUUGUAAUGAGCUCAUCUAAUGAAAGAAUUAAAAUACCAAUCAAUGAGCCAGUCAAAACCAAAUAUAAGUCUCAAAUAGAGGAGUUUAAUGAUUUUAAUGGAGGCAAUGGUAUCCAGCAUAUUGCGUUACGAACAAAUGAUAUUAUUAACACAGUGAUGAACCUAAAGACCCGUGGGAUUGAGUUCAACAAAGUCACAAAUAAGUAUUAUGAAAAUCUAGAAGCUAGAAUGAAAGAGGAUGAUAUCAUUAUUGAAGAAGAUUUUGAGAUAUUAAAAAAAUUGAAUAUUUUGAUUGACUAUGAUAUAGGAAGUAAAAGUAAGAAAAGUAAGAGGGUCAAUUACUUGCUACAGAUAUUUACUAAACCUUUACAUGACAAACCUACAUUAUUUAUUGAAAUAAUUCAACGUCAUCAUCAUGAUGGAUUUGGUAAAGGAACUUUCAAAGGCUUAUUUGAAUCCAUCGAAUUGCAGCAAAAAUUGAGAGGUACUUUUGUUAAAACUAAGUAA